AUGGCGCUGCUGGACUUGCUUUCGUCGCCGAACGUCGAACGAUUGAAUGACCUGUUCCGAUGGAGACUACUGCUACUUGCGGUGAUCCCGCUCGCCUUGACCUACCUCGUGCGAAAGUUCACCAAAGCAAAGCCCCUCGAUCUCAAGCAGUAUUCGCAUUUUCCACAACCUGAGCCAGCAGAUCCCGUCCGAGGGCAUUGGCCAUGGGUUGAGAAGAUUGCAGCCGAGGGUGAUCCUCGACGCGCCUUCGAUGAGAUGCUGUACGAACAAGCUGAGAAGCUUGGAUUUCCUCCGGUUCUACUCGUCGACUUCCGCCCGAUUGAGAAGUUCCCCGUGCUCUUCAUCCUGGACAACGAUGUCGCGGAACAAGUCACCAAGCCGAACAAAGCAUUUCGGACUAGCAUGCCAAAGCAUCCUUCUAUCCAGCAGAUAGCACCUCUGGUCGGCUCAAGGUCUUUGGUUACUACUGAUGGCGAGGAAUGGAACGCGUUGUACAAGCGCAUACGCCCGGGCUUCCAACCUAGCCAUCUCCUUGGUUUGGUCGACGUCAUUCUGGACAAAUCCGAGACUUUCAUCGAGCUCAUGGAACAGAAGGCCGCGACUGGCGAAACCUUCCGUCUCGACGCCUACACCACGAACCUUGUCUUUGACAUCAUUGGAAUAGUAACCUUCGACAUGGAUCUCAAUGCGCAAAUCGACGGGAAGCAGUCCGAAGUCCUGCUCACGUACCGCGCCCUCUCGCAAGCCUUCAACAAGCGACCUUUCGGGGGAGUAGGAUGGCGCGGCUACUUCUCUGCCAACGAGCGUGAGAUUCGCGCGAAAGACAAGCACCUGGACCGCAUUCUCAAAGCCAAGAUCAAAGAGCAGCACAAGGCUUUGCUUUCGGGUGACGUCGACACGAAGACGCAGAACAAGAGCGUCGCAACCCUCAGCCUCUACGGCAUCGACCGACUGACACCCCAAAUCCUCCAACAAACCAGCGAUACGUUACGCGGCUUCCUCUUCGCCGGCCAUGACACGACAUCCAUCCUUCUGCAAUGGGCCUUCUACGAGUUGCAUACACAUCCCUUCGCUACGCGAACUCUCAAGGAAGAGCUUGACAACGUCUUUGGUUCCGACACUCACCCUUCCGCCGUCGUGAAAGCGCUACGAGGCUCCGACGCGGGGUUACUCCUGAGCCGUCUGCCCUACACCGAUGCGCUGAUCAAAGAGACCUUACGACUCCACCCACCCGGCACGACCGCGCGCAUCGCUCCACCCGCAUCAAACACCAUGCUCACUCUUCCCAACGGCGACACCCUCCCCAUCGACGGCCUUUGCGUAACCCCACGCGCAUACACCAUCCAGCGCCACCCCAAGAUCUUCGGCUCCACCCGCAACGACUUCGCACCCGAGCGCUGGCUCGGCGAUGCCGGCAAGAGCAUCCCCGAAAGCAGCUUCCGACCCUACGAGCGCGGCCCACGCCGCUGCACGGGUUCUGAACUCGCGAACCUGGAGACGAAGAUCAUCAUCGCUUGCGUCGCGCGGCACUUUGACUUCGUCAAGCAAGGGCUUGGGGAGCUGGAUCUCGACGAGAAGGGCGAGGUGCAGGUUGAGGGGAAUGGCAAGGCGAAGACGAAGGGGGUGAUGUUCUCGACGCAUCAGGUUACGGCGAAGCCGGUUGAUGGUAUGGAGGUAAAGGUAAGAGUGAAGGAGUCGGGCCACGAGAGGAGGUAG